CAGAUUGAUUCACUGUGACUGUGAUACGUCAGAGAUACCACAGAUGCCACAAAGGUAAACAGGCAGACGGGUAUUAAAGCACAGUAACAAGUUUCUUUUUCUUCAGCCUGCUCAGCCCCAAACAACAGGACACCUACAUCGACUCCACCUUCAGCUUGUCAUGGAGCACAUUGGAGAAAUCUUGGGCUUAUGCAGGGGCAUCUUCUGGAUGGCCACUGAGGCGAAGGCCUGUAAGAAGCGUUGUCGCCACCUCGCAGAAAGAGUGAAAGCCAUGGAAGAGCUGGUUGAGAAGCUCAAACAAAGAGGGCCAGGCCAGAUCACCCCAAAUGUGAACAGAGCCCUCUGGAAACUCUCCAGGACUCUGACUGCAGGUCACGAGGUGGUCAAGAAAUGUGCCAAGACCAAAUUGGUGAAUGUGGUGAAGUGCAAAAGUGAGUUCAACAGUGUGAACGAAGGUCUGAGAGACACUUACCACAUCCUCGCUGGAGCCCUGCAGAUCAAUCAGGGAAGCGCGAUGCGCACGAUGUUCCAGGAUUUUGGACUGGAUGACGAUGACGACGACUGGGAUGAUGGGUUGGGGCUCUUUGGUGCAUUGGCCCCCAGCUCCCGCUCCAUGGUUCCUGCCCGUUAUUCUCCUGCAGCAGCUUCACCUUAUUCUGCUGUAGUAACCCCUUCACCAUAUUUUGCUGCAGCAGCCCCAAGGCCUCAACCCACCACUGCUGUUUAUGCUGCCACAAUGGGGGUGGAGGGUGAUACCAUGUAUUACGCAGAGGGUUUCUUUCUCAUGUAGUGAUAUGGGCAGGUACAACAAACAUCUUGAUUGAUAAACGGAGAGAUGGCCUGAGUCCUUCUCAACUUGCUGAGCACAACAGAGAAGUUAAAGGAGGAGCAGCCAGUCGACUUUGAGACUUAGUCAAGUCCUAGAGUUGGCUCAUCCAUCGUUUAUAUAUAAAUAUUCUUUAAAGGUAUCACUGAUUACUUUAUUGGCAAAUUAUUGUUCCAGUAGUGGUACCUCCAUAUAUGGAACACGAGGCUCCAUCUAGUGGUGAAGGUUUUAAGACAGUCGUGGUUUUUGGUGUCAUCCAUCAGUUGAGCGGUUAGCAUAGAAAGAAAGAGUUUAGUGCAGAAUGAAGCUGGCAGAUGUCCCCUAGAAUAAAACAAAUGCCUGACAGCAGAGCAGCAUUUGGGCCAACUGGAAGAAAAUUUACACCACUCUAAAGCCCAUUUCAGGAUGUCUCCAGGGGUUAGAAAAGAACUGAAGUCAGUCUCUUCAAAGGAAGGUAUUAAGAAGUCUUGAAUUGCAAUAAUAAAACUAAGAUAUUUACUCUUGUCUGCUGUAGAAAUAAUGUUAUAAACCUCCAAACUAACAGUGGGAUUGUUGUGAGAGUUAAUGCAGGUUUAUUUGAGGUUUAUUAGCUCAUAAAAGACAAGUGAAGAUUUUAGCAAAACCCCAAUUGAAACUAUAGGAAUGAAUUAUUUUGAAUCCAUCUGUUAAUUCAUUGCAUUGAAUUAAUAAAACCAUAAGUAAUGAUCGAAAAAGUGUGAUAUAAUAAUACAUACUUGUAGACCAUAUUGUUCCUGCUGGUUUUCUAUCUGUAUUGUUAACAAUGAAUCAAACUGCAUUUUAAGUGUGAUUAAAAAGCCUUAAAUUUAACUUGGUGAACCCUACAGAAAUGUGAAACAUUAAGCUCUUCUUAAGAUGGAUAAGUCUAAUAUUAUUUUGUAUUUUUCUUCUUGCCAGUAUAUCCCAUUAAAAGACCCUUUCUGAACACUUAA